AUGAUUUUCAAGGAGGGAAUAUCUUGGAAAAUCAUUCUUUCAAUUCAUCGGGUCCUUCGGCAUCAAGUGGUUCGUCCAACAGUAGCAGUAGCUCUUCAGGUUCUGGGGAUUCGUCCUCAAGUGAUCAUAGCAGUAAUUCAUCCACACCUGGCCCUUCAGUACACACUGCAGGGUCUGCUGAUACCAGAGCUUCAGCAUCUUCACAAUCCGCUGCCACGAUGGCGGACUUCUCACCUGCUCGCACUAGCUCCUCGUCGCCAGCAAGCUCUCCUUCCGCAGUUGACCGUUCGAGCAUGGGUUCUCAACAUGAGCUGGGACUUGAACUUGGCACACCGCCUCCCCUGCCACAGCCAAGACGGUCUAAUCGAACAACGUUGGGACAGCCGCCUAAGCAUUUAG